AUGAUAAAAAUUAAAAAGUUAUUAUUAAUAUUAUUUUUAACAUUUAUAAUUAUAAAUAUUGUGUCAUGUAGUCAUAAUAAUAAAAAUAAAAAGAAUCAAAUUCCAAAAGAAGAAAUUGAAGAAAUCCCUCAAGGUGAAGAGUUAAGACCAAUCCAAGAUGAAGUAGAAAAUAAAAUUAUCAAUGAAAGAUUAGAUAAUGAUAAUGUUGGUAACAAUAAUGAAAGAAAAUUAAAUAAGAAAAAAAAAAAUAAAAAAAAUAAAAAACAUUCAAAUAAUGAAGACGAAGAGUAUGAAAAAGAACUCGAAGAAAGAUUAGAGCAAUUGGAGCAGCAAGAACAACAACUAGAAAAACAAUAUCAACAACAACAACAACAAAAAGGAAAAGAAAAGAAAUACCAAAAGCAACCAAGACAAUUUAAUUCCAAACAGUAUAAAAGUAGAAAAUAUGUUGAACAUAAUUCAAGAAUAAUCGUAAAUGAAAAAGUCUGGAAAGUUAUGCAAAUUGAAAAUUCAGUUGAGGCUAAAAUUGAAUUAACAUUUGGUAUUAGACAAAGAAAUCUUGAUGAGUUGGAAGAGUUUGUAUGGCAAGUUAGUAAUCCAGAUCAUCCAAAUUAUGGUAGUUACAAGAGUUUUUCAGAAAUUAAAGAAAUGGUAAAACCACUAGAGGAAUCAAUUCCUAAGGUUAAAGAUUGGCUUUCCGAAAAUGAUAUUUUGGAUUCAUAUAUUACAGAAAGUGGUGAUUUUGUUAGAGUUACAACUAGUGUCAGAAAAGCAGAACAGUUAUUAAGUGUCCGUUACAAUAAAUUGGUCCACAAAGAAUCAAAAAAGUCUUUCUACCGUUCAUUGGAUCCAUAUAGUGUCCCAAGUGAUUUGUUAGAGCAUAUCGAUUUCAUUGGUGGUGUAAAUCAUUUACCAAUUCUUUCAUCAAAAUCAGCUCAACAAAGCGAAUUAUUAAAAUCAAAUAAGGUUCCAUUAAAUUAUAACUUUGACAAGCAAGGAAAAUCAUCAAAAGAUAGGGAUCCACUAUUAUCACCAGCUCUUAUUAGAAAAGAAAUGAAUGUUAGUCAAGUUUCCACCAACUCUACUCAUUUGGGUAACUCUCAAGCCAUUGCUCAAUUCUUAAAAGAAUAUUUUAGUCCAGCUGAUUUGAAGAAUUUCCAAUCUCGUUUUAGUUUACCAGACCAAGAGGUCGUUAAUGUUGUAGGCCCAAAUGAAAGGCUAUCCCCUGGUCUUGAAACUGCUUUGGAUAUUCAAUAUAUUAUGGCUAUGGCACCAAAUGUUCCAACAUGGAUUGUUAGUACUGGUGGUCUACAUGAAGGCCAGGAGCCAUUUUUGGAUUGGUUAGUAGAUCUUUCGUCCAAUAAAAAUCUUCCUUUGGUUCACAGUAUCUCAUAUGGUGAUGAAGAAGCUUCUAUUCAAAAAGCAUAUACAGACCGUGUUGAUACAGAGUUUAAAAAAUAUGCCGCAAUGGGUAGAACUAUAGUUUUCUCAAGUGGUGAUUUUGGUGCCGGAUGUUGGCCCGCUUCUUCAAGAUUUGUAUUAGCAGUUGGUGGUGUUAUUAAGAAAUCAGAUGGCUCAAUUAUCGGUGAUAGUAUUUCAGGUGGUGGUUUUUCAAAUUAUUUCGAAAGACCAACCUAUCAAGAUUCAGAGUGUUCAGAUUAUAUUGAAUCUUUAAAUGGUUCACUUUCAGAAUACUAUAGCCAAGCAGAAAAUGUUGUUAUUCUUUAUAAGAAUCGUUUAUUACCAAUUGGUGGUACCUCUGCCUCAGCUCCAAUCAUUGCAGGGUUAUUAUCUUUAAUUAAUGAUCAAAGACUACAAAACAAUAAACCAUCAAUUGGUUUGUUCAAUCCAUUAUUAUAUAAAAUUGCAAGAGAAUUCCCAAAUUCAUUUUUAGAUAUAGAUUAUGGUGAAAAUAGUUAUAAAUGCUGUGCUAAUGGCUUCAAAGCAACAAAAGGAUGGGACCCAGUAACUGGUUUGGGUGUUCCAAAUUUUGACGAAUUAAUUAAACAUUGUGUUUAA